AUGAAGGUCUUUGUAUUCGCCGCCACGGGAGCACAGGGAUCUAGCGUCUGCAAGUACGCUUUGGAUGCGGGCUAUCAAGUAUACGGUCUCACCAGAACCCCAUCAUCUACCAAGGCCAAAGCCCUCGCCACUUCCGGUGUCCACGUUGUUCAAGGUGACAUGGCAGACCCUGCUUCCUACACCUCUCACCUCAACGGACAGGCAUUCGACGCUGCCUUCAUCAACACCGACUUCUUCUCCAAGUUUAUUCCCAACGGGGGUGAUUCCCUUGCCGCGCAGAAGGGCGAGGUUGAAGAGGGCAUCGCCGCUGCAGAUGCCUGUAUCGCGGCGGGUGUCAAGCACAUCAUCUACUCGACCUUGGACGAAGUGGCUGAAGGUGCUUGUGCACACUUCGAGUCCAAGGCUGCCGUAUCCAAGUAUAUCCAGGAGAAAAAGUACCCUUACACCAACCUCUACGUCUCCAGCUACUACUCCAACUUCACCAAACGCGGCAUGCUCCACCGCAUUUCUACCGAGGAUGGGGGCCAGAGAUGGGUUGUCGACUACUUCUCGCCGGAUGAUACCGAGAUCGCGACUUAUGCGGACGAGGAGACGGGACUGUGGGUCUUGGAGGCGUGGAAGAAUCCUGAGAAAUGGAUCGGCAAGUCUCUCUUAGGCAAAGACAUGCACGCCUGCUCCGAGUUCUUGACGAUUGCCGAAAUGGCCGACAUCCUCACUCGAGUUACUGGCGUCCCCGUCGGCACUCCCCAGAUCACCAAAGAAUUCUUCUACAGCGACGCACACAAGCAAGCCCUGGGUGAAGAAAUCUGGGCCUCUAUGAAGGGUGUUCAGCGAGACAUCGAGGCUAGCAAGCAAGUCGUGCCCAACCCGAUGACCAUGGAGGUCUGGGCCCGCCAAAGCUCCGAGCUCAGGAAGCUGCUCGGGAUUUAG